UGCACUGUCUCUGUCACACAGGGAGGAUUGUCGGAGCGUAUGGGAGUAUUCCUGUAUACAGUCAUCCUUACUGGUAUCCUGUGCUUCCCGGUGCUGGUGGUAUUCACUGUGCUGUCCACCACUCCAGUGGGAGCGGUCUGUGCCCUCAGCGUUUACACCAUCCUCUUCCUCAAGCUCUACUCCUAUAAAGAUGUCAACCGCUGGUGCCGGGAGAGGCGGCUGGUGCGGGCCAGGGCGCUGGGACGCUGUCAGUCUGCUCCACUAAUAAGGAAAGCCAAUGGAGAUGUGGGGAAGAAGGAGGUGUCUUAUCCGGGGAACCUGACAUACAGAGACAUGUAUUAUUUCGUGUUGGCUCCCACGCUCUGCUACGAGCUCAACUUCCCACGCUCACCUCGGAUUCGUAAGAGGUUCCUUCUCAGACGACUUCUGGAGAUGCUGUUCAUCAUGCAGCUCCUGGUCGGCCUCAUCCAGCAGUGGAUGGUCCCAACAAUCCAGAAUUCCAUGAAACCGUUUCGGGACAUGGAUUACUCCAGGAUCAUUGAGCGUCUCCUGAAGUUGGCGGUCCCCAACCACCUCAUUUGGUUGAUCUUCUUCUACUGGUUCUUUCACUCUUCCAUGAACUUUGUGGCUGAGUUAAUGCGAUUUGGAGACCGAGAGUUCUACCGGGACUGGUGGAACUCUGAAACUGUGACCUACUUCUGGCAGAACUGGAAUAUCCCCGUCCACAAAUGGUGCAUCAGACACUUCUACAAACCGAUGAUGAGGCGCGGAAUGUCCAAAUGGGCAGCGCAAACUGCUGUUUUCUUCGCCUCCGCCUUCUUCCAUGAGUACCUGGUCAGUGUGCCUCUGAAGAUGUUCCGGCUGUGGGCGUUCAUGGGCAUGAUGUCACAGAUUCCCCUGGCCUGGUUUGUGAGUCGCUUUCUGAGGGGCAAUUAUGGAAACGCUGCUGUGUGGAUCUCUUUGAUCAUUGGACAACCAAUCGCCGUCCUCAUGUAUGUACAUGAUUACUACAUUCUGAACCAUUGGAAAGGUCCAUGACGUACACACGUGGACCGGGGUAGGUCUUCCUGCGGCAGGAACCCUCUCCCCAAUACUGAGCCAUCAGGUGUAUGACAAUCUGCGGUACCGUGGGAGCAUCAUGAAGGAAAAACUUUCUGCAUCUUUGCCUGGUCUGUGCCCGAAGGAAUGGCGCUGUCUGCUCUCUGCGCCUCCUUCCAGACCUCCAUCAUCCGUCCCAGGAGGACUGGCGCUGUCUGCUCCCUGCCCCUCCUUCCAGACCUCCAUCAUCCAUCCGUCCCAGGCUGCAUCUCUUCCAUCCUGAUACCUGGUUGCACACAGACCUACCUUCUCCCAGAACGUUAAUCCGUCCAGGUUGGGAUUUGCUUCUCUCCGUCCAAAUCCAGACUUUCCUCACUUUCUUUCUUCCAGUCAUGGAUCUGUGGGACACUUGCUGUAAUUACCCAUGACGAUGAUCUGUGUUGUGACUCUCCAGCCGUAGUUGGCGUUGUACACUCCCAGCAAUCCAGGCUGUGGUAUCAGUCCUCAAUACAGAUACACGAUUGCAGAUGCGCGCUCCUUCUGGAACAACCAGUAAUUUGUG